ACCAGCUGAUUUACAAAUUUUACUCAUCAUUUUGCGGUACUGCUGGUAUGUACAACGGGUACUUCCGGAAGCGUUUAUAAGAAGUUUAUAACAGUUUUGAUGGUUCUAAUGCUAGAAGUGUGCUACUUUUGAUUAUUUAUUUAACGGUAAAGUGUGAUGCUAAAGAGUUCAGUAGUUCUAUCGAAAAAAUCAAUUAUUUCCCAGAAUGAAGACUGUUACCGGAAUAGCACCUGUAAAUAUUGCUGUCGUCAAAUACUGGGGCAAACGAGACGAAGACCUAAUUCUACCAAUAAACGACUCAUUAAGUUGUACCCUCUCGACAGAUUUUAUGUGCGCUAAGACAACAAUAAUGGCCAGCCCUACAUUCCCAACGCAUCGCUUUUGGCUAAACGGCAAAGAGUCAGAUUUUAACAACGAAAGGUUAAACAAUUGUUUAACCGAAAGUGAGUAUCCUUUUCACGCAAUGCAAAUUACAUCCAAAAAUAAAACAAUUCUAGUACGUAAACGCGCAAAUCCUAAAUGUGGUGAUUUACUCAACUGGAAACUUCACAUUUGUUCCGAAAAUAAUUUUCCUACAGCCGCUGGUUUGGCCUCAUCUGCAGCCGGUUAUGCAGCUUUGGUUUCAACACUUUCAGCUUUGUACAAUGUUGAGGGCGACAUUUCAGCUAUCGCACGCAGAGGCUCAGGAAGUGCUUGUCGCAGCAUUUACGGCGGAUUUGUCAGAUGGAACAAGGGGGCUAAACCAGGGGGCGAAGACUCAAUAGCAUGUCAAAUCGCAUCGGCAUCACAUUGGCCAGAAAUGCGCGUUUUAAUACUGGUGGUCAGUGACGACCAAAAAAAAUACAGCUCAACUAGUGGCAUGAAACAGAGUGUUCUCACUUCCGAGUUAUUGAAACACAGAGCUGAGAAAAUUGUUCCUGGUCGAGUGGAUGAAAUUAUUAAAGCGAUCAAAUUGAAAAAUUUUGAAGCUUUUGCAAAAAUUACAAUGCAAGAUUCGAAUCAAUUUCAUGCGAUUUGUUUAGAUACUUAUCCGCCUUGUUUUUACAUGAAUGAUGUGUCAAGGAUGAUAAUUGAGUUGGUGCAUGCCUAUAAUGACUAUCAAGGGGCCACUAAAGUCGCUUAUACGUUUGAUGCGGGUCCUAACGCCUGUUUAUAUUUGUUACAAAAUGAUGUUGAUGAAGUGGCGUCGUUAAUUAAUGACAUUUUUCCAAGUAAUACAAACCCGAGUGAAUUUAUUCGAGGGCUUCCAGUUAAAUUGAAAAAUUCCAAUAAUUUAAGAGAAACAUUAAAAAUACAAACACAAACACCAAAUAAACUCAGAUAUUUAAUUCAUACAAAAAUCGGUGAGGGGCCUCAAAUUUUGUCAGAGGCGUCUGAGCAUUUAUUGGGCGAAAAUGGACUUCCCAAAAAUUCAUAAAUCUAACAAGUUUGGAAAUAAGGAUAGGGGGUGAUUGUUGAAGGUGUCAAAACAAUGACAAUAAUCUAUUAAUGUUUUAUAUUAAUUAAUAAAUGACGGAAAAACUUUA